AUGGCUUCAGAUGAUGACAAUCGCUCACAGAAGCGAAAUCACUCUGAAUUUCGCGACGAUGCUUCAGACAGCUCCUCUGACGAUGACAUGGGCCCUCAGCUACCCUCUCAAGCCCCCAAAAAGAAAAGACGAGUCCUUCCCCACGAAAAGCUUUACGUCGCCGCCCUACCCAAGUCGGCUCGCUAUUCCAAGUCUCUUAUGCACAAGGAGCAAAUCCUCUUUGCGACAUGGACUCCCCUGACCGAAUUCCUCAUCACAUCGUCGAUAGACGGUGUCGUCAAGUUCUGGAAGAAGAUUGCGCAAGGAAUUGAGUUCGUCAAGGAGUUCAAGGCUCACAAUGGCGAGAUCAAGGCGGUUGCAGUGAGCAAUGAUGGCCGAAGCUUUGCGACUAUUGGCGAGGACGAAACGGUCAAGAUCUUUGACGUUAUCACAUUUGAUCUGCUGUCCAUGAUCUCUCUCAAAUAUGCUCCCAACUGCGUAUGCUGGGUUCACAGAAAGGGCGCCUCCUUGCCGCUUCUAGCCGUUUCCGAAAAGUCGAAGCCCCUGAUACAUAUUUACGACGGAAGAGGAGAGAAUGAAGAGCCCAUCCACACGAUCAAAGGCUUACACAGAAAGCCUGUCCAUUUAAUGGCGUUUAACGAGGCAUACGACUGUGUGGUUUCGGCAGACGAGGGUGGCAUGCUUGAGUAUUGGCGACCAAGCGGCAACUACGAAAAACCUGAGGGGGUUUUUGAGUACAAGAGCUCAACAAACCUGUUCGAUUUCAAGAAGGCCAAGUCAGUCCCCGCAAGUCUAUCGAUUUCACCCAACGGCAAGAGCUUCGUUGCCUUUUCUUUACCAGAUAGAAAGAUUCGCAUGUUUGAUUUCGCAACCGCCAAAUUACAUCGCGAAUACGACGAGUCUCUGCAGGUCGCCGAGGAAAUGCACAGAGCAGGAACAGGAGCCGCUAAGCUGGAUAAUGUCGAAUUUGGGCGCCGAGCUGCCCACGAGAGAGACAUCGAAUCGGAAACGCUGAAGGACAAGUCAAAUGUUAUCUUUGACGAGUCAGGCAAUUUUAUUAUUUACGGUUCUAUGCUGGGAAUCAAGGUCCUCAACACAUAUACCAACCAAGUGGUCAAGGUAUAUGGUAAGGAUGAGAACUUCCGGGCUGUCAACAUCGCCAUCUACCAAGGACAACCUCAGAAGAAGGGUAUCACGACAGUUGAAAUGGGUGCUUCUAGUAACCCUCUUUUGCAAGAAGCAGAAACCAGGGAUCCAAUCUUGGUCGCAACCGGUGUUGGUAAAGUACGUUUCUAUAUGUUUACGAACGAGGAGGAUAUCUCCAAGUCGACACGAGAUGUUCAAAACGAAAAGCCCACGAUGCUGGGCCACAAAAAGGACGCCAAGGCCAAGAAGACUGAAACUGGUACCGGCGCUGUUAUUCACACGACAUAUGGUGACAUCCACAUCCGUCUAUUCCCCGACGCGGCACCAAAGACUGUCGAGAACUUUGUCACACACUCCAAGAAUGGCUAUUACAACAACACAAUCUUCCAUCGUGUGAUCCGGAAGUUCAUGAUCCAGGGAGGAGACCCUCUUGGUGAUGGAACUGGUGGUGAGAGUAUCUGGGGUCGUGAAUUUGAGGACGAGUUUAGUAGUCUCAAGCAUGACAAGCCGUUUACGGUGAGUAUGGCCAAUGCAGGACCCAACACCAAUGCCAGUCAGUUCUUUAUUACGACAGAAAAGACACCCUGGUUGGAUGGAAAGCACACAAUUUUCGGUCGUGCCACACAAGGGUUUGAUAUCAUCCACAAGAUCGAGAAUGUGCGGACGCACAAGGAGAAGCCUGAGGAGGACAUUAAGAUUCUCAACAUUGAUGUUAUAUAG